AUUACAUCUUUCCUUGAAAUAAAGGAACAUAUGCAACAAAUAUUUGCAGAGAACACUGAAAUUGGAAGCACAAUUAUAAAGUCAUGUAAAGAUAAUUUUAAUAUUGAAAAUAUAAAUAUGAGUAACUUUUUGACAGUCCUUAUGACUUCUGCGCAAAAUAACAGCAGUUCUUCGAAUCACAAUAAGUUCACUGAUGAGUUGAUAAAGUUUUCUUUGUACUUAUUCAUAAUUGGAGGUAAACUUACUUAUGAGACUUUAGAAAGCAAUUUGAAGAAUGUUCUUCCAUCUCUUUCAACAUUAAAGAGAACUUUAAAUGAAAAUGUAACUGUGCAAGAGGGCGUUCUUUAUAUGGCCAAUUUAAAAAUGUUUCUGAAUACAAGGAAACUUCCAUUAAAAGUGUUUAUUAGCGAAGAUCAAACUGCAGUGUUGAAGAGAAUUCAGUACGAUCCAAAGUCAAACAAACUUGUUGGAUUUGUGCUUGACAACAAUGACGAAACCGGCUUUCCUUUAACUGAAAAAUUUAUUGUGAAUUCAGCCUGGGAUAUACAAGAAGCGUUUCAAACAGGCAUUUUAUCCAAUAAUGCUUACGUUUUUAUGGCGCAGCCUCUAGAAGAGAAAGUGCCAGCUUUUUGUCUUGGCAUGUUUGGGAGUGACAAUAAAUUUACCUACAAAGAAGUAGUGCACAGAUGGAAUUUCCUGAUACAAGAGGCUGCAAAACUUGGAAUUAUUGUAGAGGGUUUUUCCUCUGAUGGCGAUACCCGUUGCUUGAAAGGAAUGAAAAUAUUUAGUAAUUUUCCAGAUCAAAAUGCAUCCAAUGAGCUUUCUCCAUAUUUCCAGAUGCCUUUUAACACCGAUAAGGCGACAGUAAUUCAAGACACAGUAGAUAUCCUCACGAAAAUGAAGACAAGGCUUCUAAAACCAGGGUUAACUAUGAAACUGGGAUGUGAAAAUAUUUCUUUAGAAUAUUUAGAGGAAAUGGUUGACAAAUUUCAUAAAGACACCCAUUUAUUAUGUAAAUCGGAUUUGAAUUCUCAAGAUAAGAUGAACUUCAAUGCCGCAAAAAAAAUAUCUUCUGAUAAAGUGAGAAACACUUUAAAGCAAAUACCUGGUAGCAAAUGUACUAUUCAAUACCUGACCCUAAUGAAUAAAAUUGAAGAAGCCUUCCUAAACAAAUCAUUAACUUGUUCGGAUCGAGUUUAUAAUAUGUGGUAUACAAUAUUUUUUUUGAGGGCUUGGAGACAUUGGCUCUACAUAAAUAAGAUUACUUUCAAGAACUUCAUAACUUCAAAUACGUAUACAUGUAUAGAGCUUAAUGGUCAUGGGCUUAUUUUACUACUAAUUAAACUAAAGGAUAACCCAGAACAGUUUUUACCCUGGUUCUUUUCAAGCCAAACUUGUGAACGAAUAUUUCGUCAAACAAGGUCAAUGACGAGCACUUACUCGACAAUUGUAAAUUUUUCUAUACUAGACCUUUUGCGAAGGCUGUCCAGAAUUCAGAUGAUAAACGAAAUCGUCACUGACUUAGGAAAUUCAUUUAUCUUUCUUCGAGGGAAAAGUGCUCGUCAAAAUUGGGAAAUACAGCAGAAAGAGAUCGUGGGAAAUUAAUAACACUUAGUGAAAUCAAAGAUAUUCUUUUCCGCGCUAAAGCUGACGCAUUAACUGAUUGUCUUGCGUUAGGAAUAAAUGCUACAGAAGAAGCUUUUUAUACGAUACAUAUAAAGCCAGACUCUGCUGAUUAUUUUGAUCAGGAAGACAACCGGAGUGAAUCUGAUAGCGACGAGCAUGGUAUAUCAUCAAAUGAAAAUUCAGGGUAUAUUUCCGAAACAGACCUUAAUGAUAUUACUGAAUCUAAAACUAUUUUUCAAAACAUGGAUCAUCUGGAUUUGAAAGAUUUUAGUCAAACUCCAAUUAAUAAUAAAUUAGUUUUAAAAAUAAAACUGAAGACUGGCAAAACUAUGACUAUAAAAAAUCAACCCUUUGCUGGUUUUUUACCGAAAACAAAAGUUGUUUGUCUGCCGACCGGCUAGAGAGAGUAAAGAGAAUGGGCUCUCAAAAAACUCUUCCAAAAACCAAACGUUUAAAAAGUGGAAAGAGAAUAAAAAAAUCUAUAAAACCAAAGAAUACAAAAAGUAAAUUGGAAGAGAAGCAAGUUGAGACGAAAACUGAAGAUGACUACAUUUCAGAAUUUGAAAGCAACGGCAGUGAACAUGUGGCAGAACACAGUAGCUCUGAUUCGGAGGCCCCAAAGAAGAAACAAAUAGCCAUUGUUGAAGAAAAAUACUACGCAGUAUACUAUGACGAUCAGUGGUACAUAGGAAGAAUAAUAAAAAUCGAAGAGGCAACGUGUCAGAUAAAAUUUUUGUACCGAAAUUUGGACAGUUUUAACUGGCCCAAACAAGAAGACGUGCAACAGGUCAAAAAAUGUUAUAUUUUUUAUGGACCUAUUUCGCUUUUAGGCUUAAGUCCAUUCAACCUUAAAAGAUACGACUUGUGUGCAAUUGAAAAAAAGUACAAGAUGUUUAAAAAAGAUAAGUAAUUAACAAGAAUGUAAAGUUUAUUUUUAUUAUUAUUUUUAGUGUUUUAUUAUUUAUAAUUAUAAUAUGCAUAAGGCAUUACAUAAUAAUGCGUAGUUACAUUUAAAUGUAUAGAUUGUUUAAAAAAAAAUGUUUAAAAUUUAUUUUGAUUAUUAUUUUUAGUGUUUUACUGU